AUGUUAAUGCAAAGUGAACAACGUAUACCGGUUCAUCAUUCAUCGCGAUUAACAUAUCCUACUGCUUCUGGAGAUUAUUAUCAACAAUCGUCAACAACCAAUGAAUGUUUAGCCUAUUUUUUAUAUCGAAUAGAUAUUGAUGAUUAUAAAUCACGAACGUUAACACAAACUGUUGAAACAGUCUUAGCACGAACAAAAUCAAGAGGUUUGAAAGUUCGUAUAUCACUACAGGACGAAGGUAUAGUAAUUAGAAAUCUAAACGAUGCAAAUCAAUCAUGGCUGUUUAAAACAUCAGAGUUAAGCGAAUAUUGGAUUGAUCCAUAUUCAAAUGAUAUUUGUAUCAUUAUCACUCUAAAUCGUUCACGUCAAGCAUUAAUGCCGUAUUCUGCCAGUGUAUUUCGUUUACGUGGUAAAGAUUAUACUUAUUUUAUUCAAGAAACUCGACAAUAUUUUAAUCACAUAACAAGUGGUAAAAAAACAUGGAAAAGUAGUAGUACACAUCAUCACAAUAAAAAUAGUAGUAGUGCAAUACGUAUUAAAUAUUCACCACUAGAAACUACGUCAACAAUGAGUCAUCAAAAUAUGCCAAUUGAAAAACCAUCCCGUGUUGAAAAUUGGCCCAAUGACAAAGAUUAUUCGUCAAAUAAAAAAACAUCAAGACAUGACAGCAGGUCAAAACAUCGCAGUAACAAUGAACAUUCAAGAGCAACGACGACACCUAAACGUUCCACAUUAACAAUACUAUCAAAGCCAGAAAUUAGUGAUGAACAACAGAAAGUAGUGAAUAAGCCUACCUAUAAUAAUGGACUUUCUGCAUCAAAACCAAAUACUAUUCGUCUUGUAACACGAUCAGAAUUUGAUACCGGUGUUACUACCACAAAAACAACAGAACCAGAGCCACAAACAAAUACUUCGUACGAUUCUCGAACAUAUAGUGAAUCAGCAGUAUCAAGCAGUGAAUCACAAGCAACAUCAAAAGAUACAACUGUAACAAAAACAACAACAGAUAACGAUACUGAAGACACAGUUAGUUCUACAUUACCGGGCGUCUAUGUGUCCGAAUUGAUUAAAGAACUGAAAGAACUCCGGGUAGAAUUAGCAGCACUUAAAACCGAUGCUAAUCUGAAAUCAAAUAAUGGACGAGAGACACCACGUCUUGAAAGGCGCUCAAUGAGCACAAGUCCACUGAGUCGCAGCAGUAAUCAACAAGAAGAAAUUGUUUCACCACAAUCAGACGAUGUUGCAACAAUGUUAACAACACAGAAACAUUCAGUUCAGUCAUUACAAAACAGUGAAAAUGAAUCACCCACCGCCACCACCACUUUAUUGGAAAAUUUACCACAGCCUCCUCCACUACCACCGCGAUUAGACGAGUCAGCGCUCGUCACUAGCGUUCAAAAACGAAGACAUAUAAGAAAAGAUAGAAAAUCAUCAAAACGAAAACCUAAGAAACGAAAUCGGUCAGCGAGUUCAACCACAUCAGUCACUGCCACAAUUUCCGAUGCUGAAGGUAGCCAAUAA